ACUUCAGAAAUCAUCUCCAUAUUCACUGGCUAUUAAGGCUGGCUGUUCAGCUGUCAUUCCAAUUUUCUUGAUAUGAAGUGGGCGGUCCAGCUGUUUGUGUUUGGCUAUGCGAGGGGCCCAGCGGGCGGUGCGACCUCACGUGGGCGUUGCCUCUAGGUCUCCUUGAGGAAGCUCGUGAAAACUGACAGCUGAGAGAUUUUUUUAAUUGAAUAGAGGCGACCGCCCAUAUUCAGGGCGCUGCUUUUUGCAUUUGUUUUUAGUAGAAAACCGUGUCGUUUAACCAUCGUCAGAGCGUGUUUUAUUACAAUUAUACAUGGUUGACUAUAAAAAGAAUGACAUCGGGCUUACGCGUCUGUCAGAGCCGCUACGAACAUGGGGACCGAAUUCAGGUGUGAGCAGCCCUGAGUCCUGCAGCACCGCAAGUGGCAGCCAGCGCAGAGCAGACAGCGAGCGAGAAAGAGGCGAAGGAACACGUCACCCCCGUCCCAGAGUGCACUGCGGCCCAGCAUGUCGAGCCCAAGCAGCAGCCCGGAGAAGGAGGGGGCGGGAGAGCACCUGGAGUGCCCCGCCUCGCCCCCCGGCCUGGACGCAGACCCGCCGUCCAUGGGCAGCCCCGUCCUCAGCCCAGACUCCUCUUCCCAUGAUGCCGCGCUCUCCGCCCCCGCCGCCUCCCCCGCUGACUCCGAGAACCUGAGCCCUGAUGAACUGGAGCUGCUGGCCAAGCUCGAGGAACAGAACAGGCUAUUAGAGGCCGACUCCAAGUCCAUGCGCUCAAUGAGCGGGUCCCGGCGAAACUCGGGCUCUUCGCUGGUGUCCAGCUCCUCGGCCUCCUCCAACCUCAGCCACCUGGAGGAGGACACCUGGAUCCUGUGGGGCCGCAUAGUCAACGAAUGGGAGGAGUGGAGGCGCAAAAAAGACAAGCUGCUCAAGGAGCUGAUCAGGAAGGGGAUUCCGCACCACUUCAGGGCCAUCGUUUGGCAGCUGCUGGGUAACGCCACAGACAUGCCGGUGAAGAACCAGUACUCAGAGCUGCUCAAGAUGUCCUCCCCCUGCGAGAAGCUGAUCCGCAGGGACAUCGCCCGCACCUACCCCGAGCACGACUUCUUCAAGGGCCAGGACAGCCUGGGCCAGGAGGUGCUCUUCAACGUCAUGAAGGCAUACUCCCUGGUGGACCGGGAGGUGGGUUACUGUCAGGGCAGCGCCUUCAUCGUGGGACUGCUGCUCAUGCAGAUGCCAGAGGAGGAGGCUUUCUGUGUGUUUGUGCGGCUGAUGCAGGAAUACCGCCUGAGAGAGCUCUUCAAGCCCAGCAUGGCUGAGCUGGGCCUCUGCAUCUAUCAGUUUGAGUACCUGCUGCAGGAGCAGCUGCCAGAGCUCAACGUGCACUUCCGCUCCCAGAGUUUCCACACCUCCAUGUACGCCUCCUCCUGGUUCCUCACGCUCUUCCUCACCUUCCUGCCGCUGCCCGUGGCCACGCGAAUCUUCGACAUCUUCAUGUACGAGGGCCUGGAGAUCAUAUUUCGAGUGGGCAUGGCCAUUCUGCAGUAUAACCAGACUGACCUCAUCCAGCUGGACAUGGAGGGCAUGUCUCAGCACUUCCAAAAGGUGAUCCCUCACCAGUUUGACAGCUGCCCGGACAAGCUCAUCCUGAGGGCUUACCAGGUCAAAUACAACCCCAAGAAGAUGAAGAAGCUGGAGAAGGAGUACACCACCAUCAAGAACAAGGAGAUGGAGGAGCAGAUUGAGAUCAAGAGGCUGCGUACUGAGAACAGGCUGCUGAAGCAGAGGAUCGAGACCCUGGAAAAGGAGAGUGCUGCUCUGGCAGACAGGCUGAUCCAGGGUCAAGUGACGCGCGCCCUGGAGGCGGAGGAGAACUACGUGAUCAAGCGGGAGCUGGCGGUGGUGCGGCAGCAGUGCAGCACGGCCAGCGAGAGCCUGGAGCGGGCACAGGACACCAUCCGCGAGCUGCAGCAGCAGAAGUACACAGAGCAGUUUGUGAGCGGCCUGCAGACGCAGCUGGAGCAGUCUCGGCUGCAAGAGGCGGAGCUGCUGAGCGCGCUCAAAGAGAUGCAGGACAAGGUGCUGGACCUGGAGAAGAGGAACAGCUCCCUGCCAGACGAGACCAACGUGGCACAGCUGCAGGAGGAGCUGAAGCUGGUGAAGCUGAGAGAGCUGGAGACCCUGCACUCCUUCAGAGAGAUGCAGGAGACUGUGAAUGACCUCAACCAGCGCUGGCAGAACCACAUGUCCCGUGGGGGCGGGCACUGGAAGGAGUCCCCCAAGAAGAACGCCAUGAACGAGCUGCAGGACAAGCUGAUGGGGGCGCGUCUGCGGGAGGCACAGGCACAGGCGGAGCUGAGGGAGAUGAAGCUGAAGGCCCUACAGCUGGAGAGCCAGAACCAGAUUCACAGUAAGCUGGUGAGCCGCCAGGAGCAGGAGAGCGCCGCCCUGCAGGAGAGGGUGCAGUACCUCACCGCGCAGAACAAGCUGCUGCAGGGUCAGCUCAGCGAAAUGAAGAGGAGGCAGGCCGAGUCCGACUGCAAGAGCAAGGAGGAGGUGAUGGCCGUGCGUCUGCGGGAGGCGGACAGCAUGGCGGCCAUGGCUGAGCUGCGGCAGCGGAUCGCAGAGCUGGAGAUCCAGAAAGAGGAGGGGCGCAUCCAGGGCCAGCUGAACCACUCCGACUCCAGCCAGUACAUCACCCAGCUGCGGGAGCAGAUCGCCGAGCUGAAGAACGAGAUCAGGCAGCUGCGCGGCCAGCCUCCCAGGUUCCAGACUCCAGGGGGCGGAGGUUUCCAGGACCUGCGCUUGACCAGCCCGGCCUCAGGGGAGGGCGACUACCUCAGCUCCGACGAGGACCUGCUGCCGAGCCCGCUCCCCGCCGGCGGGCUGUACCCUCCCCUGCCGGGGCCGUGCCGGCCGUCGCCCCGCCUGGACAGCGAGGGCAGCUCCGACAGCGACGGGGAGGAGAGGGGCGACGCCGCGGACGGACACCCCGCCGCGCAGCUCUACGCCGGCAUGGUGUGCGCAGAAGCCUUGGAGAACUGAGCAGACGCCGCCGACGCACACACGCGCGCGCGCGGACAGGCAACCCCCCACCUCCCGCUCAACCUCCUCCCUCUUUCCUCCCCGUCUUCGAUCUCCCGCGAGCCGCGUCGGACCGCGCGGAGGCAUCCCGGUACUGUUUUGAGUCUCGUUGACACGGAGAGACCUCGCACUGUUUCUCACCCUCCGAACUGCCUGAGCUGCUGUUUCACACAAGGCGGGGGCCAAGCGAUGCAGCGUGAGGCAGCCCAGCAGAACGGCUAACUGUGCAGCAGGGGAGAGCUGUGAGCGCCUGGAUCAAACCGCCCACCCCCGCGUGGCCGAGCCGGAAGCUCCCGACCCACGGGGAGCCUCUGAAGCUGUGUGGAGACUUUGGAUCAGUGAGAGAGGAGCUAAAUGGACCGCCUGUGGUUUGGGGACAACCAUGUCACUUUAUCUGGUUAUUAAGUCUCCAGUUACUCUGUGUGUGUGUGUGUGUGUGAGAGUGAGAGAGAGAAAGAGAGAGAGAGAGAGAGGAAGUCCUGUGAUGCCAUGAUAUUUAGUGUUUAAAACACAGGGUCUUCACUCUGACCCUUAUCCAACCGGCCCAGAACUCAUCUCCCACCUCCGGCAUGUGUAUAGUGCUCACCGUUUUACUGCCAACUCCACGCUAACACAGCGUAUCUGAUAGUUUCUCUCCCUCUCCACCUUAAUCUACGUUCAGUCCGUGCCCAGCCGUGCCUCUGCCGUCCUGUGGAGGUCAAAGUCAGUAUCCUUUUCAACCUCUCUCUCUCUCACUCUUUCUCUGUUGUCUCUCUCUUGCUCACUCUCUCUCUCUCUCUCUGUCUCAAUAAACAUAAAAGGCUGUGACAUAUACUCCCGACAUUGCCUUCAGAAAUGCCCAAAUCUGGACUCUUCACUAGAUACUGAUGCACAGUGGACACAGAGCUGGACCCGGAUUAGGAGAGGGAAGAAUAACACUUGAGAAAUCUACUGAGAAAGAGAGAGAGAAAAGCAUGGUCUCUCUUAUAUACACAUAUUACAUCAGAGCUAUUACUAGAUGAUAUACAUAGAUGAUUAAUAACAAUAUACCUUACCAUAUCCUUAUAUUUGUGUGUGUCUCUAUGCCUUACAGAGGGAGUAAAA